AUGUCUCACCCGACUCAUCCUCAUCCACACGCUCCGCCGCUCCACCAGCCCCCCUCUUGCUGGACAUGCCGCGUCCGCCGCAAGAAGUGCGACCGCACAAAGCCCCGCUGCCAUGCCUGCACUGCUCUCGAGAUCACCUGCCACUACAGUGAGGCUCGCCCGGAAUGGAUGGACGGCGGCAACCUGCAGAAUGAGAUGGCCAAGCGCAUCAAGGCAGAGGUGCGGCAGGGCGCGGAGGCCAGGAGGGAGAGGCAGUAUGUCCAGGUCUUGACAUUGCACGAGGACCGCAUGCGGAGGCCCGACGACCUGUCAGAGGAGAGGCCGGCACCGCACAAGCCGCAGAUGCAGAGCAUGCACCAGCGGCCGAGCUUCUCAUCGCUCAACAACGCCAGCGGCGACGAGAGCCGUAGCGACGGGUCGGGCAUGGAGGCCAUGAGCAUGACGCCCGGCACCAGCCCGCCCAGCUCGAGCGAGAGAUCACCGCCCGUGUGCCCCGAUUGCGUGACUGAUGGAUUCACGGCCCCUCCACUCCCACCGGCUCACGAGUAUACGGUCUGGAAGCUGCUGGGCAUCGACAACGAGCGGGACCGCUCCAUAGCCAUCGACGUCGAGACUGACUUCACCAUCACCUUCAUGGACUACGUCUUCCCCUUCCUCUUCCCCUUCUACCAGCCGUCCGUCCUCGAGGGCGGCCGGAGCUGGCUCCUCGCCAUGCUGCGGAGCAACACGGCCUUCUUCCACUCGGCCAUGAGCCUCAGCGCCUACUUCUUCACCCUCAUACUGAAGGGCAACGAACGACAUCAGGUGUGCUCGCAACAGGUCUGGAACAAGCUUGUCGCACACGUCGACACGGCGGUACGUGCCAUGCAGCAAGACAUGGAGGACCUGAAACGGGGCCAGGACGGCAAGACAACCAUCUUCCAAAAAGGCAAGACCAUGGAGAGCAUUAUCCAACUCCUCAUACUCGAGCACUCAAUGGCCAGGACAUCCGACUGGAAUGUCCACCUAUCCGCAGCCAUGGCCAUCUUCCAGGAAAUAUUCGAGGAGUACGGCAUGGGCCCCGACGGCAAGCCCGAUAUCCCGGCAGUCAUCCAGGCCCUCAGCAGGCCGUCCUGGACCCAGGGCAUGAUGGAGCGGGUCGUCUGGCACUGCGACCAGGGCGCCUUCCGCUUCUUCUCCGCCUUCUUGCUCUACACUGAUAUUAUAGCAUCCACCUCCCUAGAGAGCCCGCCCCGGCUCCGCAACUACCACAACCUCAUCAUACAAGACGAAUCGCCCAACCCGCCCUGCGAGAUGCUCCGGAUGGAGAGCUUCUUUGGCUGCCAGGGCUGGGUCCUCCUCGUAGUGGCUGACAUUGCCGUGCUGGACGCCUGGAAGAAGGAGAACAAGGCACGGGGGACGUUCAGCCUGAACGAGCUCACCGAGCACGGCAGCAGGCUGCACCAGCGGCUGCAGAGCGGCCUUGCCCGUCUCGAGAGGGAGAGCUUCAAAAAGAGGCCCUUCGACAUCACCUCGGUCCUGCGGUCAUAUUAUCGGCCGGACGCGGCGCACCAGAUGCGCAUCGACGAGCAGGUCGCCGCCACGAGGAUCUGGGCCCUUGCUUCCAUGGCGUACUUGUCGGUGGUCGUGACGGGAUGGGCGGCCGCGAUGCGCACCGCCACGAGCAGUAUCGCCGUCGCGAUGCAACUACUCUAUGGAAUAUCGAGCCCGGCGGUCCUCAAGAGCCUGACCUGGCCUUUCUACGUCUUGGGGUGCCUGGCUACGAGGGAGCAGGAGCAGCUGUUCACGCACAUGGCAUCAUCGAUGGGACCGCUUCUCGAGUUUGGGACCGUCGGAGAGAGCAUGAGGAUCAUGAAGCGAGUGUGGGAGCUCCGCGACUCGGGCGGGCUGGACCUGGAGAAUUGGGACAUUGCUGCGUGUUCGAGGGUCUACGGCACGCAGGUUUUAUUAACUUGA